AUGAAUAGUAAUCUAUCAUUACAAUGGGAAAAAUUGUCACGACCUGGCAUCUGUACUCUCUUCUAUCGAGAAUAUCCAUUAAUGGAAUUACGCGAUGAUGCUUGUCAACGAAUACAGGAGUUUCUCUAUAAAAUCCUUCGUUUCCUCCUGCGACAAUAUCCACAUCGAGCAGAAUUGGAACAAUGUAUCAGCUGGUUAUAUAUUAAUUAUCCAGAAGCACAAUAUGCAUUAAAUCGGAAUAGUCGAAAACGAAUCUUCUCAAUCGAUCAACUACAAACAUUAAUUCAUAAAGAAUUUGGAUCACAUAAUGAAAUGGAUAUUAGCUAUUUAGCAACCACCUUGGAGCAUUGUACCAAAGAUUUAUUGAAGCUCGCUCAUGAUUAUGUUAAUCGAUUGGGAAAAAACGAAAUUGUAGCGAAUGAUAUCGAUCUGAUAAUGAAUGCUGAUACGAUUUUUGUUGAAAUACUUCGUUCUGAUUUGAAUCAUACAUCGAACACUUCCUCGACAUCGACUUACACCAUAGACACUUCCAUCGCGACGAUGUCUUACAACGAAUUAAUUCGACACUUUAUCAUCACUGAAACGCAAUAUAAAGACGAUUUAGAGUUGUUGAUUAAACUAUUUCGAAAUCCUAUUCGGAAAUUCUUUGAAGAUCAACCGGAGAUAAUUGAUGAUAUUUUUGGUUGUUUGGAUGAUAUUUAUGAACUAACAACGAAAUUCCUCUCCGAUUUAGAAGAUGCGAAAGAAAUGCGUGAUGAUAAUACGAAGAACAUCUCGUUAUACGAGCCAUUUCAAAACUUUAUUGAAGGCAACGAGUUUGAAUGUUAUACAAAAUAUACUCAUACCAUACUUGCCACAGAUCAUAACGAUCAAUUGAAAAAGCUGUUUGAUCAUAAACAUGUCAAAGAAUAUUUGGAAGCAAAAGCAGACCAAAUGAAGGAGACGUACCGCUAUUUACUACCGACGUUGUUGCAUACGCCUAUCCAUCAUUUCCAGCAAUAUCUCAUUUAUCUUGAAAAAUUGGCGUUAUUUCCUGAAUCGGAAUCAGCACAAUUAACGGAUGUUUUGAGUGUUCUUCGACAGAAUAGUUAUCACAUGAAGCGAUCAAAACUGAAUAUAAAUUUGAGCAUUCAUUCGUUUACCAUGCCGAAGUUAAGCGAAAAUAAAACGAACAAUUGGAAGAAUAUCAUCGAAAAUUGGGAUCUGAAAGAGUCAACCUCAUUAAUCGACAGUCAUUUAAAACAUAUUGUUAUACAAAAUUCGAACAUUGUUACCAGUGUCGAUCGACGUGCAAUCCUAUUUUCAACUGUGCUGUGCUUAUGCAAAGCCGUGUCCAAUGACAAAUGGAAAUUCAAAGAGAAAAUUUGGCUGAGAAAAUUCAAUAUCAACAAUGAGAUCACCCUUGCUGAUCAUCCUCAUAUAUUUGAAAUACAAUGUGAUGACAAGAAUUAUAUUUUACAGGCUCGAUCGGAGCAAGACAAAGUUCAAUGGUUAUGUUUAUUGAUGUAUAUACGAAACAAAAGUGUUUUGCAACGUGAAUUGUACAAUAUUCUUGUCAAUGAAGAUGCUCAACAGGUUCUAUUGACACCUGAUCCAUCUCAAUACAAAUUUUGUACUCCAAACUCGCCGACGAACAUAUUAAUCGAUUAUCAUACAAAUGAUAAAUCGUCCUCGUCGCCAUCAUUCACAAUUCGUGGCGCAACGAUCGAAAAGCUCAUUGAACAUUUGACACAUCAUCAAUUAUUGCAUCCACGUUUUGUCAAAUCAUUUCUUAUGACUUACAAGUCAUACUGUUCGCCAUUGGAAUUGUUAAAUCUACUCAUUGAACGAUACAACAUUCCUGAGCCAGCAUCUUCACAUUUGUACACAGAACAGCAACUGAAAAAGUUCCGCAAAGAAUAUGUACAACCUGUGAAACUAAGAGUGUUGAAUGUAAUUCGGCAAUGGGUCGAUAAAUAUUUCAGUGACCUUGUUGAGUCGAAUGACUAUCUACUUGAUCAAUUACGAAAUUUUCUACAAUCAGUUUCGAAUACAGGUGGAUUGUAUCAAUUUAAAACGAGUAUUUUAAAAUUGAUUGAUAAACAGACUGUCGAUUAUGAGAAUUCGUCGAAGAAAAAUCAACAGCAAGAUUUAAUUAACAACGAACGGGAUCAAAUUGAGGAUUUAGAUGUUUUUCUCUUCGAUAUGAAAGAACUAUCUGAUCAAAUCACAUUGAUUUGUUCAAAUUAUUUUCGUGCUAUCACUUCGCAAGAGCUACUCUAUCGUUUACCAAACUUAUACAAUCUACAAAACUACAUGAAAUUUCUCGAUAAAGUGCUUGGUUUUUGGUGUAAACGUUCGAUUUUGGAAACAUCGAAUUUAGAAGAGCGUGUGGCAGUUACCGAACGUUUCAUUCAAAUCGCCAUUCGAACUUACGAAAGGAAGAAUUUCGCCGCUGUCUUCGCUCUGAUCUUCGGAGGAAUCAUCGAUUUAGAAAAGUCACUACCACAUACGUGGGACCGAUUAAGCAAACAAAGUCGAACGUUUGUAACACUAGUCGAUGACAUGCUCGGUGAGGAUUCACAUUUUAAAUUAUAUUUCGAGAAACUACGACAGAGUCCUCUACCUGUUGUACCAUUUAUCGCAAAUAAUCAAACACGUAUUGCGCAAAUGAAAGAAAAACACAAUAUGAUUAUUUUGCCAACAGGCGAAAUCUUGAUAAAUUUCCGAAAAUUCCAACAAAUCGGUGAACAUCUCUCGGAAAUUCAACAAUAUCAAAACAUGCCGUACGAUAUUCAACCAAAUUAUGAUAUUCAAAGAGAAUUGAAACGAUUGAAUCCAAUGAGAAAUUUUCCAGAUGAGAAUACUUUUCAAAACUAUUUAGUAACACUCAAAGAACAAAUUGAACCGGCUGAUCAGCCUCCAAAAGUAUUUCCAACACGUCGACCAACAAGUACAUGGCGUUCACAUUCACGUGUCUCUCGUCUGUUUAUGAUCCCCUCGCAUCCACGAACAUCGAGUCAAUGCGAUGAGCAACAUCGGAAAUCGACGUCAGAUAUCUCUUCUCGUAAAGACACUCUUGGCGUUCCAAGACAAGACAAUCCAAAUACCUUUCUAGGCCGACAGGCAAGUUUGGAUAUCAAUACACUAACUUCGACAGAUACGUUUGCUUUUGACAAUUCUCUUUGUGAAUCAACGGAUGAACUACAAUCAACGACAAAUAAAGUACUACAACCUCCACCUGUACCUCCCCGACUGCCUCGUCUCGGAAAUGGAAAUAAUAAUAAAAGUUCAUCUCCUAGUUAA